GGGAGGCCCAGCUGACCUGUCGGGAGGUAGAAAAACAUUUUGGCGCCCGUUUAGUUUGGUUUCAGUCUGCAGAGGAGGAAGGAGCUGCUGCACCGCACUCAGGACACUUUCCUCUACAUUUUCAAACAAGGUUGAACAGAAAAUGCCCAGCACACGCUCCAAGGGCACGGCCCAGCCCACCCUGCAGUUCCCCAGGCGCAAGUCCUGCAGGGCGGCAUCCCGCUCCAAGACGCCGCGCCCAGAGGAACCUGCAGCCCCCUGUCCUAAAGAAGCCAAACCCCAGCUGCCGCUCGCAGCCCUGGGCAGGAUCGGACCCCUCUCACCCCAACGGCCUGCCACCCAGCUUGCUGCACUCUCGCCCCGACGCCCUGCCACCCCGCUGUCGCCCAGACGCCCUGACAUCCAGCCUGCUGCCCUCUCACCCAGGCUGCCCCUUAGCCCGCGGAAACGCACAGGUGACGACAAUGGCUGCAACCUCGGUGCCAACCUGCUGGGAUCGCCCCCCAAACAGAGCAAGCUGACACUGGCCUCGCCGCGAAGACUGGGCUUCGAUGAAAACUCGCCGGUUGCAGCCAGCAGAGGGCCGGCAUCGCCCCGGCAGCCGCUCUCUCCCUCCUGCAGAGCCUCCCCGCGCCGUCGGGACGCCCUCGCUGCGAGUCCCGCUCGCCAGAGCUCAGACAAAAAGCCACCGGUCGUUCGCCUCUUUGCAGAGAAGUCGAGGUUCCAGGGCGUGAAGCAGGCGCUCCACACCGCCGUCCCAGAGCGCCUCCUGUCCCGGGAGGAAGAGCGGGCGUCCAUCCGCUCCUUCCUGGAGGAGAAGGUCCUGCAGCGUCUCCCCGCCAGCCUCUACAUCUCCGGAGCCCCCGGCACCGGCAAGACGGCCUGCCUCAACUGUGUGCUGCAGGAGAUGAAGGAUGAGCUGAAGCCGGUGCAGACUGUGGUGGUGAAUUGCAUGAGCCUGCGCAGCUCCCACGCCAUCUUCCCCCUGCUGGCUGACAGGCUGGGCGCCGCCAGCAGCCACAACAGCAGCAGCAGCAAACUGCAGAGGCUGCUGACCGGCCCGGGACCCGCCGUCCUCCUCGUCCUGGAUGAGAUGGACCAGCUGGACAGCAAAGCGCAGGACGUCCUGUACACCAUCUUCGAGUGGCCCUACCUGCCCAAGUCCCGCCUCUGUCUCAUCGGCAUCGCCAACGCUCUGGACCUGACCGACCGCAUCCUGCCCAGGCUGCAGGCUCGGCCUCACUGUCGCCCCCUGCUGUUACAUUUCCCUCCCUACAGCCGGCAGGAGCUGGCAGCCAUCGUACAGGACCGCCUCACACAGGCGUCAAGUGAGGGGAUCCUGGACGCCUCCGCCGUACAGUUUUGUGCCAGGAAAGUGUCCGCAGUAUCUGGAGACGCCAGGAAAGCUCUGGAUAUUUGCAGGAGGGCAGUUGAGAUGGUGGAAUCUGACGAGAGAAAGAACGCCGCAGCUGAAACUAAAGUGUCGCGGGUGAGCGUUCCCCAGGUUGCGCGGGUGCUGUCGGAGGUGUACGGCGACCGCAUGGCGUCCCCGGGCGGAGGCGAAGGAGAGAGCUUCCCCCUGCAGCAGAAGCUCCUGGUCUGCUGCCUCCUGCUGCUCAUCCGCAACGGCAAGAGCAAGGAGGUCGCCCUGGGAAAGCUCCACGAGGUGCACAGCCGCCUGUGCACACAGAGGCAGGUGGGCGGAGUCAGUCAGAGCGAGUGCCUGUCGCUCUGCGGGCUGCUGGAGAGCCGAGGGAUCUUCGCCCUGAAGAAGGCCAAAGAGGCUCGCCUGACCAAGGUGUUUCUGAAGAUCGAGGAGAGGGACGUGGAAAACGCCCUGAAGGAUCGCACGCUGCUUGGCAGCAUCCUGGCUGCAGGCCUCCCCUAACACUCUCCUCACUUAUUUAUUUCUGCCUUUUUAUCACUGCUUUUAUGUUGAAGCUAUGAAUUAAUUACCUUUUUUAAAUUCUCAUUUUUACUGGGAAUGUGUACAGUGCAUAGAGAUUUUUUUUAUUUAAUGAUCCAAAAUUGGGUUGUGAAGAGUUUAACCCAUACAUUUUUUUUUUUUUUAAUCUUACAGCUUUUGGUUACUGUUGUGAAGCAUGUUUUCAUUUUUAAGCUGUAAUAAAUGCCUGUACAGACAUUUUAAUCAGA